UGCUUCUGAUCGCCGCCGCCGCUGUCUCGUCCGCGGCGACGGCAGAAUCUUCUUGUCACAUUCAAUUGGGGUACAGACUCUCAGUAAUGUACGUCGACGGUCAUAUUAAUAUGGAAGAUGAAAAAUGCUCUUUGCAGUAUAAAACGGAUACGGACAAAUUUUCAAAGUUACGUUGCUACGUCUUUUCAACUCAGUACGAUGCUGCAAAUUGUGAUCCACUGUUGUUCAAUGGCUGGCUGUGCGCGUUGAAAAAAAAAGGGUUGCUGAAAUCCGACAACACCUUGAACGAUGUGGCUUUCCAGAAUAUUUCACUGAGGAACAAAUGCAGCACUGAUACCAACUUCUCACAGGCUUACCCGAACUGCAAAAGCUCCACCAUGAAAUAUUUGAACAUUUUAAGGCUUCUUUUCUGUCUCUUUCGUGCCGUGCCCUAAUCCGCUCACUCAAUGGAGGAAAACCCACUGACUCGGAACAAGACUAACUGAACUCGCCUUCACUCCUCGUGCUAAGAGUUUUUAUCUUCCUUCAAUAAAUAUUAUGAUGUUUUUCAACUGAUAUAAUUACUUGCCAGUGAAUGAAUAGCUGUGCAAGCAUCUGCUCCCAUUCACAAUUUCUCAUCAAAUGAAAAUUCAACUCUUUCAAAAUUACCAAAAAUAUUCAACAUUUGCAGCGCGUUAUUUAGUUGCAUUAGGUUUAGGAAUAUAAUAUACAAUUUAAAAUCGGAUAAAAAUUACUACGGUUAGGACUCUUUCAAUGAAUUAGAAAUGUUCCAGGACUGAAAUGGAAUAUCAUUUAUUGAAUUAAAUAUUCUUGCAGAACAUA